CGCAGACCGUCGGGCGAUACGAGCGAUACACCGCGGUCGGUUGCUGUUGGGUUUGCACGCGAACUCGCAUACACACACACACACACACACACACACUCACACACACACACAAACGCACGCCUACGCGCGAACGUAUUGCACGCGCUCCGCGCCGAUCGUCACUGUUCACGCGUCACGUGUUCGGAGCGCCCAGACGACGGCGACCCCCGCCUAUACCCACGAGCAAUAAUAUUAUUGUAUUGGGCACUCGUAUUUUUCCGAAAAUAUUUCGUGUACGCGGGUAAAACUGUGCAAUAUAGCAUUAUUUUUAACCUCUGACGAUAAUCUUGUUCGAUAUACCUACGUCAUCGUCAUUGCAGCCGUCAUGUUGCCGUUCGUCCAGAAAUCUACGAUUAUGGGUUACGGAUAAUACGUAUAUUAUAUACAGCAGUAAUAGUCAAUAAUAUUACCUAUACAUUGUGUUGUGAUCGUCAUACCGACACGACUGCACGUUUCGAUAAGAAUAUUAUAGAUAGAAAAUAAAAACACCGUUUAUUGAAACGACGUUAAAAAACCUCACGUGCUCUCGUCCGGAUCGCGGCCUACCAUACACGGGUCCCCGCUGCUAUCGCACGCCCGCUGCCCCGCACGCGUAGCUGCACAGGAUAACGCGUCGUCGCGUGCGACUGCAUUGCCGCAAAUGGUAUGAUGACCAUGAUGUAUGGAUCGGAGAAAAUGAUGGCCGGCAAACCGCCGUUGCCCAUCACAGCCACCGGACCGUGUUUUCCCGGCCGAUACUCGCCGACGUACCGGAACUCUGCGGACCCGAUGCGCAGAUGUAUGGCCAACCCGUCGAGCCGGAUCCUAGAGGAUGCGUCCUCAUUCAUGUGCAACACCUGGUCUCCACGACACAAUGGUGACUUAUUUGGUGGUCUCAAUGAUGGUCUACUCAGUAGAGCUGAAGUGCUUGCUGCUGUGGAUAUGGGAAAGCAUCACCAUCAUCAUAACCAUCAAUCACCGGGACCUGGUAAUGGCAAUGGUGGAGGCCAAGGCAAUGGAUCAUUGGGGCCUGGAUCCACUGGAUCACCUGGACCGCUCUCUCAGCUCAAGCACGACGUUAUGUCAUCAUACCACCACCAUCAUGGAAUGUCCGGUGGACACUCAGGUAGCCAAUCCAACCAUCGAGGUCACCAGAUGCACCCCGGUAUGGAGGGCCUUGACCUUCUAGAACCCAUAUCGUCGUCGACCAUGACUACACUGACGCCGAUGUCGGACGGGUCCGGCCACGGUCCGCUCCAUCCUGGCGUCUACGGUGCAGGCAUGAUGAGCAGCCACCAUCACCACCACUCACACUCGGGUGCCGGUCCGAACGGUCACCCCCAUCACCACCAUCACCACCAUCAUCAUCAUGCGGCGGCGGCAGCUGCAGCGGCGGCCGCGGCAGCCGGAAUGAUCGGCGCCGGCGGAGGUGCCGGGCUCCAGCACCCCGACACCGAUACCGAUCCUCGCGAGCUUGAAGCGUUUGCCGAGCGGUUCAAGCAACGGCGGAUCAAGCUGGGCGUAACCCAGGCGGACGUAGGUAAGGCACUGGCCAACCUUAAACUACCGGGCGUCGGAGCUCUAUCCCAAAGCACCAUAUGCCGGUUCGAGUCGCUGACGUUGUCGCAUAACAACAUGAUCGCACUCAAGCCCAUCCUGCAAGCGUGGCUGGAAGAGGCGGAAGCGCAGGCCAAGAACAAGCGCCGCGACCCGGACGCACCGAGCGUGCUUCCGGCCGGUGAGAAGAAACGAAAGCGCACGUCAAUCGCGGCGCCUGAGAAACGGUCGCUGGAAGCGUACUUUGCCGUGCAGCCGCGGCCGUCGGGCGAGAAGAUCGCGGCCAUAGCGGAAAAGCUCGACCUGAAAAAGAACGUGGUCAGAGUGUGGUUUUGCAACCAGAGGCAAAAGCAAAAGCGUAUGAAGUUUGCGGCCCAACACUGAUGACGGGAUAUCGUGCCGCCGCUGCCAUCCGUCACUACACUUGAAUCCCUUCCUAAGACACGUGCUCAUUUUAGUCGCAUUAACCGGAAAUAAUCGUUUCUAUAUAAAGAUAAUAGACAUUGCUAUUAUUAUUAAUAAUAAUAAUAACAUAAAUUUAUUAUCGUCUAUAUAAAACAAUAGUUGUGUAUAUAAUUAAUAUAUAUAUAAUAUAAAUGAGUUUGGACGACCAACUUGUCAAAUACAGGAUGUCGUUGAUUUGGGCGAAUCACCCGAAAUUUAUCUAAGUAGAUCAUACAUUAUUUAAGCAAAUUUAUCUUUCUGUCUGCUGUGUAUACCUACUGCCCAAAGUCAAGUAUAACUUUAUAAGAUGAUCAAUUUUGGUUUAUAAGUCAAAAAAUUGUAUGGUAAUAAUGACGUGCUCAGCUAAUCUCAGAUUGUUGUGUAAUUCUAAAAUUAGAAAGAUAAGCAUAAUAGACUUACCUACUAGGUGCCCAAAAUAAAUUUCGCUCAAACAAUAUGGGAUUUUGGGUCAAUCGUCUCAAAUAAAAAUCACUUCAAACAUUGCAUCUCUCUCACUCUGUCUUUUAGUAAAAGUUUCAGAUGGUUUUGAUUCAACUUUUUUUUUCUCUCUAUGUUGUGCGUUUUAUUUUAUAAAACGUCCAUGAUAGUUUCAUUUAUUAAUUAUAUGUAAUUAUUAUGUUAGGAAAUCUAAUGUACAAAUUUAAAUCUGCUUUUUGUGUACGAUAUAAAUGCCACUUAUUUUAAUAUAUGUUCCUAAAAACACAAAUAUCUAUACAAAUGUGAUCAUGCGACUUAUAGAUGAUAUAUGUUGGUAUUUAAGAUAAAUUUAAAACUAAAGCCUCUGUUUUGGAUGCACGUAUUUUUUAACUAGCGUUAUUUUAUAAAAAUUUAAUAUUUAACGCAUAAUAGAUAAUGUAUACCUCUCCAGUCGAAUAUCUUUUUCAGUAGCAAAUAAUUGUAUACCUAGUUGAAGUUAGAUCAGUAACAAUCAAUUACAAAUAUUCAAAGCCAGUAAAUAUAUAUAAUUAUAUAUAUAUACAACUUGUUACUUGU